CGCCCGCCGCCGUCCCGCCGUCACCGCCGCCAUGGCGCUCCUGCACAGCCGCCGGCUCCUCGCCGCCCCGCGCCUCGCCGCCGCCGCCUCCCGCGCCAGCUCAUGGUGGGCCCACGUGGAGAUGGGUCCCCCCGACCCCAUCCUGGGGGUGACAGAAGCUUUCAAGCGCGACACCAACUCCAAGAAGAUGAACCUGGGUGUGGGGGCGUACCGGGAUGACAACGGGAAGCCCUAUGUCCUGAACUGUGUCCGCAAGGCUGAGGCCAUGAUAGCAUCCAAGAAGAUGGACAAGGAGUACUUGCCCAUUGGGGGACUGGCAGAUUUCACCCGGGCAUCCGCAGAGCUGGCCCUGGGUGAAAACAGCGAGGUCAUAAAGAGCGGCCGGUACGUCACUGUGCAGGGCAUUUCUGGGACCGGAUCUCUGCGGAUUGGAGCCAACUUUUUGGACCGGUUCUUCAAGCCUAGCCGUCAUGUGUACCUACCCAAGCCGUCCUGGGGCAAUCACACCCCCAUUUUCCGUGAUGCUGGCAUGCAGCUUCAGUCUUACCGCUACUACGACCCCAAGACGUGCAGCCUUGACUUCUCUGGAGCCAUAGAUGACAUUUCUAAAAUUCCAGAGAAGAGCAUCAUCCUCUUGCAUGCCUGUGCUCACAACCCCACUGGGGUGGAUCCCCGGCAGGAGCAAUGGAAGGAGUUGGCAGCAGUAGUGAAGAAACGAAACCUCCUUGUGUACUUUGACAUGGCCUACCAGGGCUUUGCCAGCGGGGACAUCAACCGGGACGCCUGGGCCGUGCGGCACUUCAUCGAGCAGGGCAUCAACAUCGUCCUCGCGCAGUCCUUCGCUAAGAACAUGGGGCUCUACGGAGAGCGUGCGGGCGCCUUCACAGUGGUCUGCAGCGACGCAGAGGAAGCCAAGAGGGUCGAGUCACAGCUGAAGAUCCUCAUCCGUCCCAUGUACUCCAACCCACCCAUGAACGGAGCCCGCAUUGCCUCUACGAUCCUGAACACCCCUGACCUGCGGAAGGAGUGGCUGGUGGAGGUGAAGAGCAUGGCUGACCGGAUCAUCAGCAUGCGGAAUCAGCUGGUGUCCAACCUCAAGAAGGAGGGAUCCUCCCGCAACUGGCAGCACAUCACUGACCAGAUUGGCAUGUUUUGCUUCACAGGGCUGAAACCUGACCAGGUGGAUCGGCUGACGAAGGAGUUCUCCAUCUACAUGACAAAGGAUGGACGCAUCUCUGUGGCAGGAGUUUCAUCAGGCAACGUAGGUUACCUGGCUCAUGCCAUCCAUCAAGUCACAAAGUAAAGACAAAGGUGUGCCCUGGAGCUGGUGGCUUUCCCUUCCCCACCAGUCAAAGAUGGGGAGGGAAAAGAAACAAGCAGAAUACUUCCAGCCACAGCACUUGAAGCCGCCGCUGAAUGUAUCUUGUAGAUGAGUUGUUGUAGAAGCCUAGUCAAAUCCUCCCUGCGUUGUGGAGCAGGGACAUCAUUGCUGGCUCCUGCUCGUCACAGCUGCUCUUCCCUUCUGUCCAUCCUUUCUCCAUCAGCCCCAGCACCCUUCUGCGCUGGAGGAAGCAAAGGCUUAGCCGUGCCAUCCUACUGGCGUAGGCACCAAAGGCUUCCCCACACUCGUUUUCCCAUGAGGAGGCUUUGGGAGGCUGUUGGCUGCUUGCCCGAGUGGCAGCGGGCAGGGAGCUGGGUGGGCUGAGUGGGAAGGCUGCUCCAGUGCACUGCUCCGACCUCCUCAGCCAGUCCCUGCUGCCAGCAGGCUCCAUCCUCCUCCAUCCUCCCAGCCUGGGGCUGGGCAGCACCAAAGCUGUCCUCUGACAACCAGCUCUGAGGACUUCUGACUACCAAACUCUGCUCCAUCGAUGGCUUCGCUCUUUCCAUCUGGGACUCUCCUCUCAGGUGUAAUUCACAGUGGCAUCGGUGUGUGGGGCAGUGCCCUCCUCUAAACCUGCCUGGUUCUCCUGACUUCACUCUUGUACCCUGAGGUGAAACCAUUUCUCAUUCCCCCCCAGUAAGAACCACCUCUGGAAACUGCUCUCUGGUGCUCUCUGCCUCACCCCAUUCCUGCCCUAAGCCCAGCAGUCCAGCCCUGUACCUCCAGUUGCCCUCCCUUCAGUCUUUGUGUGUGUCCCAAAGCCCUAAGCCAAGAGGUUGGUCCUGCUGUGUGUCCCCCCUCAUGUGGGGUGCCCCUCUCAUCUGCUCUGUUCAACCACAUUUCUGGUGACACCAGAAAACACAAAAGCUCCUGAGGGAAGUCUGAGGGGAGAACUGAGUGUCCCCGAGGUCCUGUGACUCACUGGACUCUGAUUUUUAAUCCAAAUAAACUGGUGCAUGGCUAUGUUGAGCUGGGGACUUCAUCCUGUCAUUGUGCAGCUGGAUCCUGUCCCUUCCAUGCACCAAACAUUCCCUUUUGGUGACGUGCCAGCACCUGGGGUCUUGUAGGGCCAGUGAAACCCUGAUCUGAGAAUCCCACAUGGAGAGAGGGCAGUUCCCACCAGUGUGCUACAAGACCACAGGGGUGUGUGAGCUGAGGUCCCAGGUGGGAGUUGGUGUCGUGGAGCUGAAAUUGAAGCCUGCAGGGUUGAACGUAGAUGUUGCUGGGGAGAGGACAAGUUCCCAAAGACUUCCUGCCUUGGGACAUGGGGCUAACCCCUGCCACUGGAGCACGACGGGGUUUCUCCUUGGGGUUUCUCCUUGCGGCAGCCCAAGGUGCCUCCCGAGGCAGACCCGGGGGCAUUACCUCUGCAUCUACAUGAGCUUUCUCCAUCUGCUGGCACCUUUCCCCUCUGCAGCCAUACCAGGGUAUUUAGUAGAGCAGUCGUCAUUUCUCAUUCCUGCCCAGGGCAGCCGUGUGCCCCUUGGGAGCUGGCAAGGACCGGUCUAGUGCACCUCUCCCAGUCCAGCGCGCGUUGUUGGCAGGCUGGAGCCUCCCGCCGCUCCCUGACAGCGGGUUUGCACUUCCACGCCUCUUGUUUACUGGCCCGGUGCCCACAGCCGCUGCUUGCUGUCCUUUGUGCAAUAAACCGCUUUCCGUGCUGCUGCCGUGGGUGCUGCCCUCGGCGCUGCGGGUUCCUGUGCUGUGGUUCCCCGGUUCUGCGUGGCUCCGGAGCUGCCUCCUCCUGCCCUUUUACUCUACCUGGGGUCUUUCUCCCGCCCGUUCCCUGUACAAUAAAAGCACCCUGGAGCACA